CACGCUAGGUUGUGCUUGUUUGUGAUAUUUCAGGUCCUGGCAAGUGAAUGAAGGUUUAGGAGCGAGUUCGGGGUCGAUUGGGUGAAGAUCGGGCGCGAGACAAGUCACAAAGGAGGUCACACGGGCUGCCCUGAUCUUCACACGGCCGUGUGAAGUAAUGGCCUGGUCGUGCGAGUUUUGCCGAGAGCACACACGGGCAGAGCAGAGGAUCGACACGGCCGUGCAAGAGGCCAGUCUGGCCGUGUGGAAUUCUGCGUGAGCAAACACGGGCAAAGAGGAAGUUCACACGGCCGUGCCACUCUGGCCGUGCAAAGAGCCUAGAAUUCGAACUAAUUGGAACGCAGCGUUUUGAAUCACACGGGCAACUGGGUAAGCCACACGGCCGUGCCACCCUGGCCGUGUGAGUCGGGAUUUUCUGCUUAAAACCCGAUUUUCAGCCAAAGGAGAGGAGGAGAGCUGGGUUUUGGAUCCCAAACACCCAAGGGACGAACCAAAGAGAGAGAGGGCGAUUUGAGGGCAUUCUUGGAGUGGAGUUGGAGGAUUUCUUCGCCUUGGAAGCUCGAGGAACAAGCCCGGACUUGAAGACUGAUCAACUGAAGAUUCUUACUGCAGUCUCUCUCUUCUCUAUGGAGUAACUUCCCUUCACUUAGGUUUUGAAUAACCCUAGCUAUGUUUGUUUGAUUGGAUGAUUGUAUGAGUACUCUGACUUGAUAAUCUUGAGUUCAUAUUCAAUCUAUGCAUGUUUUCAUGAGUCAAUUCUACUUUAGUCGAGAUUAUUGAUUCUGCUUUGAUCCUAUGAGAGGGAAUACCUGAUUAGGUCAAUAGAGCACCAUAGAUUGGUAGUAGUGGAUCGAUUGCUUUAGUCGAGGGUUGAUUCACUGCUUUGUAUCGAUUGAGAACCUCUUUCGAUAGAGGGAGUCUAGUUCAGAACACCUUGAUCAGUUGUUCUAGAGAAGGAUACGUCCCUUUAGGCAAUUGACUCAAGAGGGCCUUGUUCCUUUAGUCGAGACUCAAGGUCUAGUCAAGGAUUCUCCGCAUUGUGAAUGAAAGUGAAACAAGUUGGAAAUCAUCAAUUGUUUGUCUGGCUAGUGGCUAGGGGGAAUCAUACCUAAGUGAGUUCCCAACCUGUAAUUAGAUUAACUUUAACUGUAGUUUGCUAGAGUAGUUUUAGUUCUUUCAUCUUAAUCUGGUUUGCUAAAUAAUAAACUGAAGCUGAGUAAUAGUAACUCUAGAGACCCGUGGAUUCGAUAUUUAUCACUUGAGCCACUAUACUGCAGUCCCUUCCAUUGGUUACACUUGGCCAUUGUUAGGUGUUGUGUCGUAACGAGUCAAGUUUUUGGCGCCGUUGCCGGGGACUUUCUAGAGUAUUAGGAAAGGCAGAAGUUUGUUACUUUAGCGUUUUUCUUUUCUUUUCUUUUCUUUUCCACCCUUGCUUUUCACUUGGUUUUUUGUUUUUGUUGGUGCAGAUCUGAAUCAUGGAUCCUCAUGGCUUCCCCAAUCAUUGGGGGUAUCCACCACCACCCGAGUGGUAUUACCCCGAGACCCCCUGGAGCAAUCAAGGAGGAGAAGACUAUGGAUUCGGGUUCCAGUACCAACCCCCUUACUACGGAGAACAACCGGACCCCUGGGCAUAUCAAGAACAACCUCAUUAUCAAGAAGAAUUUCUCCCACAACCAGAAGGGCCAUCGGCGCUGGAGUUACUCAUGGAGCAGUUUGCUCGAGACUGCGAGAGAACAUGCUCCAGGAUGGAUCAGUGUGUCCAGGCCUAUCGUGAAACAGAUGAGAUCCUCCUGAGCCUUAAGAUGAGCGUUGAUGACCUUGAGCGAUCUUUGGCACAACCUGCUCCAGAUCACCCUUCUGCUACCAUACAAGAAGAGGGGGAGGAAGAAGAAGGCUACACGGACAUUGUGGAGCACACUGAAGUUGUCACGGAGAGCUCCCGUGAUGAUCAUGAUCAGGAGUGUCAUGUCGUAGCCGACCACACCUUCCCACACCCCAAACUGAGCUUUGCAGAGGCGGGCAUGAGUGAGGAGAUGCAAGAAGAUCUCAUGAAAGAAAUUGCUUGGCAACUUGCUCUCCAAUCCGUGCUAGAAGAAGAAGAGCAAGAAAGUGUGCAGAAAGAAGUUGUGGAGGAUGGCGAAAGUGAAGCUGGAGAAGUUCUUGAUCAUUUCCCAGGGGUGAUACCACAUGAAGAAGGAAGGGAGGUUGAAGAAGCAAUUGGCGUCCAGGCUGAGGAUGAAGUUGAGGUGGAAGAGGCCUGCACCGGCCAUGAGUUACAUGUGAUAUCCCCACCAAACUUCGAGGAACUGCUUAGCAAGGACCCAUUUGCAGUGUCUCUUUGCCAGACCAAGGCCACAUCGACAUCGGUCCCUCUUGGUGGACGCGAUGGUGGCCAAUCGAUGUUGUCUUAUCUGGUUUGGGGCAAUGAGACGAGAGAAGAGAAGAAGGGUCUCGAGGGUGGAGACUUCAUCUGCAUCAAGUACAUGAGCCUUCAUCACCUGCCACACCACAUGCUCAUGACUUGAGACUCCACCUCAUCGACGAGAACCUCAACUUCAAGGAGGUUCUAGCAUGGACCGAAACUUAGGAGCCAUCGUCUGGCUCACGACGUGAAAGAAGCGCUUGUUGGGAGGCAACCCAACCAGUUGGUUUGCAUUUCUUUCUCUAUUUCUCCUCGGUUGAGUCAGUUUUUUUAUUUGAUUUUAGAGUCAAUAACUCAACCUUUGUGAGAUUUUGUGUGGUGUUUGUGUUCUGAUUACUCUCUCUUUCUGGAAUGCACCGCCUGACCCGUUCAUCAUCAUUCACCCUUGAUCUGGUAACUUCGUUCUACCCUCCUUAUCUUUCCUCCAUUGAGGAUAAUGUCGUGCUUAAGUGUGGGGGGGGGGGGUGUUCGAUUAUUUAUGCGGGUGAAUGUUUGGCUGUUUGUGUGCUUGGAGCCUAGUCCACUGUCCAAAUUUUUAAAUUUGAGGGCUCCAAGUACGUGUUUCCUUGCAAUUGCCUGCUCAGUAUGCUUUGAAUUGACAGUCUUUAUAGUAAUAUGCAACCUAGGGAGGUAGUGUAGCACUAUGGAGGAUGUUGAUGCAUUUAAGGAGUCUCAUUUCUUCUUCAUAUUGAGUUGGUUGAUUGAGUGAAUUAGUGAUCUUAGGACCCUUGAAUUGUGUGGUGUUGUGGAUUCUCUACCUGUCAUGGACUCUUGUAUUAUGUUUUGAGUUUAACAGGUGCUCGAAAAUGUGCUUCAAAAUAACGUCUCCCGUGCGAAUAGGGCGAAAGUGUGUAAGGGGAGACGGGAAUCCGUUCCCAAUUUCCACCUACUACCUCCAGCCCCCUUACAUGUCUUUCCCCCGCACGAGGCUCGAGACAUCCGCUCCUGGCAUGGCCGGUAAGAGCAGGUUGGGACCCUGGAAAAGAAAAGAAAAGAAAAAUAACAGAAAAAAGGGGGUUCCAACCAUCUUCAAGAACAAAAUAGAGCACCUCGAAAAAAUGUGAGUCCAUGAUCCUUUGUUUUUGAGAAUCUCUUCAUCCACAAUUCAUUUGUCCUCUGUUCACUGUUUUCCAUGAUGCCGACUCGCCGAAGAAGUUAUGACGUGACUUGUGCGUCGGUUGACCUCGUAAGUUGCUAAAUGAUCUAGGAAGUCCUCUACCUACGAUCUGGGUUGUUUGUUGCUAUAGAGGUCUGGAGAGUUGCAUUGGUUUGAGUUAGGUUUGCUUGGGGACAAGCAAACGGUUAAGUGUGGGGGAGUUUGUUAGACCGAUUUCACGCUAGGUUGUGCUUGUUUGUGAUAUUUCAGGUCCUGGCAAGUGAAUGAAGGUUUAGGAGCGAGUUCGGGGUCGAUUGGGUGAAGAUCGGGCGCGAGACAAGUCACAAAGGAGGUCACACGGGCUGCCCUGAUCUUCACACGGCCGUGUGAAGUAAUGGCCUGGUCGUGCGAGUUUUGCCGAGAGCACACACGGGCAGAGCAGAGGAUCGACACGGCCGUGCAAGAGGCCAGUCUGGCCGUGUGGAAUUCUGCGUGAGCAAACACGGGCAAAGAGGAAGUUCACACGGCCGUGCCACUCUGGCCGUGCAAAGAGCCUGGAAUUCAAACUAAUUGGAAUGCAGCGUUUUGACUCACACGGGCAACAGGGUAAGCCACACGGCCGUGCCACCCUGGCCGUGUGAGUCGGGAUUUUCUGCUUAAAACCCGAUUUUCAGCCAAAGGAGAGGAGGAGAGCUGGGUUUUGGAUCCCAAACACCCAAGGGACGAACCAAAGAGAGAGAGGGCGAUUUGAGGGCAUUCUUGGAGUGGAGUUGGAGGAUUUCUUCGCCUUGGAAGCUCGAGGAACAAGCCCGGACUUGAAGACUGAUCAUCUGAAGAUUCUUACUGCAGUCUCUCUCUUCUCUAUGGAGUAACUUCCCUUCACUUAGGUUUUGAAGAACCCUAGCUAUGUUUGUUUGAUUGGAUGAUUGUAUGAGUACUCUGACUUGAUAAUCUUGAGUUCAUAUUCAAUCUAUGCAUGUUUUCAUGAUUCAAUUCUGCUUUAGUCAAGAUUAUUGAUUCUGCUUUGAUCCUAUGAGAGGGAAUACCUGAUUAGGUCAAUAGAGCACCAUAGAUUGAUAGUAGUGGAUCGAUUGCUUUAGUCGAGGGUUGAUUCACUGCUUUGUAUCGAUUGAGAACCUCUUUUGAUAGAGGGAGUCUAGUUCAGAACGCCUUGAUCAGUUGUUCUAGAGAAGGAUACGUCCCUUUAGGAAAUUGACUCAAGAGGGCCUUGUUCCUUUAGUCGAGACUCAAGGUCUAGUCAAGGAUUCUCCGCAUUGUGAAUGAAAGUGAAACAAGUUGGAAAUCAUCAAUUGUUUGUCUGGCUAGUGGCUAGGGGGAAUCAUACCUAAGUGAGUUCCCAACCUGUAAUUAGAUUAACUUUAACUGUAGUUUGCUAGAGUAGUUUUAGUUCUUUCAUCUUAAUCUGGUUUGCUAAAUAAUAAACUGAAGCUGAGUAAUAGUAACUCUAGAGACCCGUGGAUUCGAUAUUUAUCACUUGAGCCACUAUACUGCAGUCCCUUUCAUUGCUUACACUUGGCCAUUGUUAGGUGUUGUGUCGUAGCGAGUCAAUAUACACAUAAUUUUGUC